AUUUAGUGUGACUAGAACACGAAUAGGUAUCUGGAUCCUGAUUGGGAACUCUGUCAAUCAUGCUUGCAAAAUCGUGCCCCCAUAGUAGUUUAGCAAAAUACAGUGACAGGACGAAUUGCGAAUGACGUCAUUUAUCGGCGACGAAAAUUCCAGUCAUUCUCCGGAGUGUAAAUCUGUGUCAGAAGUUGUAUCACCGCAGGACCAAACGUUGGUGUGUCAGUUCGCCUGUGAUACUCUAGUGUGGGAUACUGAAGAAUUUAGGGGGCUUGUUUAUUGUCCAGGACGAGCCAGGAUGUGAACAGGCAUGUCUAGCCCAAGCGAGGACAGUGCCAGUCGUGUUCGAUUCAGCACGGAUUCUCUAGUGUCCGGUAGACGCACUAUGGUUUUCUGCAAGUCCUGUUUUAUUUGUGCCAUCGGCGUUGCGUCCCUUGCGCUUCUAAUUGCCAGCAUCGCCCUGGUGUUGACGCAGGUGUUUCAGGAUAUUGUAAAUAACCGGGUCAAGCAGGAAAUAGUAUUGAAGAAUGGCACAGAGGCAUUUGAGACUUGGGAGAAACCUCCUCCUCCAGUUUAUAUGCAGUUUUAUUUCUUUCAUGUAGUGAACCCUGCAGAGAUUCUUGCAGGUGAAAAGCCAGUUGUAAAGCAGAAAGGGCCAUACACCUACAGAGAGUUUAGAAUAAAAGAAAAUGUGGACUUUUUGGACAAUAAUACCAAAGUAUCGGCCAGCUCCAAGAAGAGUUAUGUUUUUGUCCCAGAGAUGUCUGUGUCAGAAGGAGAUGAUGACUUCAUCAGAACUGUCAAUGUUCCAGCUGUUACAUUGAUGGAAAAAUUUAAGAGUAAUAGCGUAUUAGCCAAUUUCAUUUCAUCUUACAUGAAAUCCAUAAAUGAUGGUUUGUUUGUAACUAAGACUGUAAAAGAGUUCCUCUGGGGCUAUAAGGAUCCUUUACUAUCUGUUGUUCAUAAGUUUUUGCCUACUGUUGAGGAAUACUUUGGAUUUUUUUAUAAGGCAAAUGCCACAGAUGAUGGGACAUAUAUGUUUCUUACUGGAGAAAAUGAUUUUAGAGACUUUGCUAGAAUUAUUGAAUGGCAGAACAAAAGUUCUUUAACGUGGUGGAGUUCAGACAGUUGUAACAAGAUUAAUGGAACAGAUGGAUCCUCUUUUCAUCCUCUAAUAAAUAAGAGUGAAACCAUUUACAUCUUUUCAUCAGAUUUGUGCAGAUCUGUCUAUGCAAUAUUUGAAAAGGAAGUGAGUGUGAACAAAAUACCUGCCUACAGAUUUAUUAUUCCAAAAGAGGUUUUUGCCAAUGCAUCAAUAAAUCCUGCUAAUGCUGGUUUUUGUGUGCCAGAUGGAAAUUGCUUGGGAUCGGGUUUAUUGAAUGUUUCCAAGUGCAAGCAAGAUGCCCCAAUAAUUAUGUCAUCACCACAUUUUUAUCAGGCAGAUGAAAAAUUUGUUAAUGAUAUUGUUGGAAUGAAUCCAAAUAAGGAGGACCAUGAAACUUCAAUGGAUAUCAAUCCUCUCACGGGAAUCCUUGUGAGAGGAGCAAAGCAACUUCAGCUUAACAUCUUUAUUGAGAAAAUUCCUUCAUUUAGCCAAACUGGAAAUGUAAGGACAUUGAUAUUCCCUCUGAUGUACAUAAAUGAGAGUGUUGUAAUUGAUGCAACAUCAGCAGAGAAGGUCAGAUCAGUUGUUAACCAGGCCAAUGUGGUUAUGAAUAUCCCAUUUAUGAUUAUGGCGCUGGGGAUCAUUUUUGGGGUUAUCUUCAUUGCAUUGGUCUGUAAGGCACGGACCUCAGAGGUAACAUCGGAUGAUCAAGUUCCCAUUAUACAAUCAGCAGCUUAGAUAAAGUAGCUGCAGAAGUGAAGUUGGAUUAACCAUCCCUGAGUAUGGGAGGAAAUCAGAACGAGUCAAAAAAAUAAACAACAAUUCCCCUUUGUAUUGGCCUGCACAGUUCCCUGAAUCACUUUGUGUAGACAGUAAAUUCCUGGUUGAGUUUUUAGUUGAAUAAAAUACAAUAACAUUCGCUAUGUAUGUUCAUGACUUAUAGUGCAUUGCUUCGUACAUGUGUUUGUCAGAAUUUAAUUUAUUUCCUUAUGAAUUGUUGCUAGGAGCUAUCUAUUGCAGAAUUUUACUUUAACAGAAGUAUAGUAUAUCUGACCCAGUAUCAUGUGUUAGACAACUAUUUACUAAUCCCUGUGAUAAUUAGAGUUGCCAAAAGACUAUGCAAUUCAUAGCAAUUACUGGCCUGGUAACUAUAAUGUACUUUUUUCACUGUGCAAUGAUGUUAAUUUGGUUUAGGUAAAAAAAAUGUAUCAAGUAUAAAAAAUAAGUCUUAAUUUCAUGUACAGAACUGAAUUUUUCAUACUGUCUAAAAUAGUUAUGAAUAAUUUUCGUUGUUGUAAACAACUGCUCCAUCUAUGAAAUCAUUGAUUUAUACUAAUGAAAUGAGUUUUGAAAAGCUUCAUGCCUCAUCAGCAGUCCUUUAAAUUUCAGCUAUUUGUCAUAUGUCUAUAAGAAAGAGCUCCUACAAAAAAAUAUUUUAUAUUAAGAUGUUAAAUAACCCAUAACUCCUAAUUCAGCAUUACCUUUUCCUUUUAUGUUUGUUUUCUUAAUAUAUUUUCUGCAUCAACAGCUAAGAAAGGCAUUCAUAGUUUACCCUCAGAAACAACCAGUGUAAUGCAAGAAAAACAACAUUAACUUUCUGUAUCAUGAGUUUCAGCAUUAUUUAAAUGUUUUUCAUCUUAGCUUUCUACAUUAAUGAUUAAGUCUUUUCUAGUGUUGUAACAUUGAACGACUGAUUCUGCAGCACAAAUAGACUUUAGAAUUUUGUAGACAGCUUAACUUUGUACUGUAAUCUAUGCACCUGAUAGACUGUAUGUUCAGAUUUUAUCAUGUACUUCUAUAAACAUUAUCAGUAUGCACACUCUCCUCUUCUUUGUUUUACUCAUGUCAGAGAAACUGGCAUGCAGUAAGAAGCUUGCAUUAAUCCUGGGCCUUUUUUUCUUUUUUUAUGUUAUAUUAUUAUGCUAGGAUGUGAAGUGGAUUUUGUAAGCUACUAAUGCUUAUCUUUUUUAGUUCAUGUACCGUAUUUUGAUUUUCUUUUUUGAAAUUUCCAUUAAUUAAUUAGUUUUUGCAACUUGUUAGAGUAACAUUAGUCAACAUCAGACGUCCAUCUUGUGUAUCCAGUUACGUUAAUCCAAUAAUUCUGAGUUUGCACAGUUGCCAUUUAAAUUGUUCUUAGUUUACGUGUUUCCUUUU